AUGAGCACCGCUCAGUCGUGGGCUGUGGCUGCCCUUGCGCUCUUUAGCGGUGACGGAAAACCGCUUAUCAUCCGCACAUUUACUUCUCCCAACAGCGGACAUGGCGGCGUACCGGCGGUUUGUCGUGGGGGCGUUUUUGUUGGAGAAGAGGAUGUUAUGCGGCUACACGUCCUCAUCUUAUCGUCAUUGGAUCGGUGCGACGAGAUUGUUCAAGAACGGCGGAAGCAGCAGAUGGCCAACGUCGAGAAGUCGGGUGACGGCUCUGCCUCUCCUAGAGGUUCUGCGCGGGUAACAGCUGGAGCUGAUGUUCGUUUUCUGGGGAAACUCAUACGAAGUUACACAUUCACUACUUACGGCUUUCAGUCGGCCUCUGGCAUCCGAACCGUACUGGCAGUUGUGGGCGACGCUCCACUUGAUGCUGUCCUGCCGCUCUGCCGCUCGACGUAUGAGGCCGCAUCUGCAGCGCUGUGCAACCCGUUUUGUUUAACACGGACGAGCGCUGAACUGCUUCGCCGCCUGUGUAGGACUGUGAGGGCAGACAUCAUCGGAUCUGACGCUGACGUGGUAAAAUUUUUCCCGCUGUCGGCGCGGGAUGCGAUGGAUGAGGAUCCGUCUCUAGCCAACUCCCGUGCCUUCAAUAUGCAGAUACAGACAAACAUUGAGCCAUUCACCGCGAGCGCCUUCACUUGA